UCUCUGCUCCAUGAAAGCUUCCGAGAAGAGACUGAGGACUGGAGGAGAGGAGGAGGAUGAGAAGGGGGGAGAGGAGGAGAGAGCGAGAGAGAGAGGACGGUGUUUUAUCAGCCAAGUGCAGCCUGAAUCGUGAGGAGCGGACGAUGGGGGAAAAAAAUCCCACUCUUGUUUCUUUUUCUCCAACAUCACCGUCAUUAACAUGUAGACCGGCGCGCGUCAAAAGACCCGGAGCGUAAUGGUCUCUUCUCUCACAGGAGAAUAUCAUUCUUGUCAUAGUUGUGAAUGAAAAGAAAAACAUUUUGGAUUAACGGCGCACUUGUUUUGGACUAAAGAAGGCUUUCCUGAGAUUGUUGCCGCGCGUGUGUAAACGUUGGACCGCAUUUAACCUGAGUUUCUACCCUCUGGAGUGAAAAGUGCGCCAGUCUCAUUUCACAGGCUUAUUUCCAACGUUUGAGCGUCGGGAUUUUUAAAAGACAUAUAUAUUUUUUUAAUUUCAAAUGGGGGGGAGGCUGUGUGGCUUUUGGAAGGAAUGGACCCUAUCCUAACGGGACGUAACGCACAGAGGAAUAUUGUCUGAGGUGUGGGGGACAAAAAAAGCAGCGAGUGGGAUCCUUCUUUAAACGAGGACAGACUUUGGACUUGACUCGGAGGGUUUCAAGUCAGAUUGUCACAAACGCUGGACUUGUACUCCUGCUUCCGCUGCUGUCCAAGGCAGUAUGCUCGCCCCCAAAAUGAUGGAAGCCCUCAUCACUGACUGGCUAGUCUACCUGCUGAGAAGUGGCGCUUAAAGAUGAAAUCUUUACUGUUUUCUUCUUCACUGCAUCGGCUCUUGACAGGACCUUUCUGAGGAAUAUUUUCGAUAUUGUGAGGAAUAUUUCUUAGAUUCCCCUUCACCAAACUGGAGGAAACUGAUGGCUGCUACAUUUCCGCUGGAUGGUUUGCACUGCCUGGGUUUCAAACAGGAACAUUAGCAACCGCGACUAUUGUCUGCUCCGGAGUUUGCCCACUUGCUUAUGCCCGUGUGUGAAUGUGAUUGUGUGUUUUGUGUUUGCAUCUGCAUGGCAUAAGUGAGAGACAUAAAGUCAGGAUUUUUUUUCUUAUUACUCAGAGAAGACAAGAAAACACGCAGCAAACAAGUUGAAAACGAGGAGUAGCAGCCAUGUCCCAGUGGAGGCACCAUUCGAGGACUGGUUGCCAGCUACUUCAAACUGCCAAGAGUGGGAGCAGGAGGAUGGCUUGUAUAGGGCUUGAAGGUUCCUUAAACGCCUGCUGGGGGAUGUCCACUCUAAUAUGGCUGGGACUGCUGCUUCUUCAGGCGUGUCCGGCUUCCGUGUCGGCUCAGAAACUCGAUGAGACCGACCCGGUGGUCACCGUCACCAAUGGCAAGCUGCGUGGCAUCAAGAAGGAACUCAACAAUGAGAUCCUGGGUCCUGUUGUACAGUUUCUAGGAGUACCGUAUGCGGCUCCACCCACAGGCGAGCGCCGCUUUCAGCCGCCCGAGCCACCGUUGUCAUGGCCGGACAUCCGCAACGCCACACACUUUGCCCCGGUGUGUCCUCAGAGCAUUGUGGAGGGCCGCCUGCCGGACGUCAUGCUGCCAGUGUGGUUUACCAACAGCAUUGACGUGGUGUCCACUUAUGUCCAGGAUCAGAGCGAGGACUGCCUCUAUCUAAACAUCUACGUCCCCACUGAGGAUGUCAAAAGAAUAUCCAAGGAAUGUGCCAGGAAACCGGGCAAGAAAAUAUGUAGACAAGGAGGUCCCCUUACAAAGAAACACACUGAUGAUUUAGGUGAUAGUGACCGCACGGACGACGAAGACAUUAGGGAGAGUGGAAGCCCCAAACCGGUGAUGGUUUUCAUCCACGGGGGCUCCUACAUGGAAGGAACUGGGAAUAUGUUUGAUGGCAGCAUCCUGGCCAGCUAUGGAAAUGUGAUUGUCAUAACUGUCAACUACCGGCUGGGCGUCCUAGGGUUCUUGAGUACAGGAGACCAGGCAGCCAAAGGGAAUUAUGGUUUGUUGGAUCAAAUCCAAGCUCUGCGUUGGACCAGUGAGAACAUUGCAGCUUUCGGCGGCGACCCGUUACGUAUCACUGUGUUCGGCUCAGGCGCUGGAGCUUCCUGUGUGAACCUUCUCACACUGUCUCACUACUCUGAGGGCAACCGCUGGAGCAAUUCCACCAAAGGCCUGUUCCAGAGAGCCAUCGCCCAGAGUGGCACAGCUCUGUCUAGCUGGGCUGUCAGCUUCCAGCCAGCCAAGUACGCACGGAUGCUGGCCCGUAAGGUGGGCUGUAACCUGGAGGACACUGUAGACCUUGUGGCGUGCCUGCAGAGAAAACAUUACAAGGAGCUUGUGGAUCAAGACAUCCAGCCUGCUCGCUAUCACAUUGCCUUUGGCCCUGUUAUUGAUGGAGAUGUUAUACCCGAUGACCCUCAGAUACUGAUGGAGCAAGGUGAGUUCCUCAAUUAUGAUAUAAUGCUGGGAGUGAACCAGGGUGAGGGCCUUAAGUUUGUGGAACUUAUUGUGGACAAUGAAAACGGCGUACAGGCCAACGACUUUGACUACGCCGUAUCCAGCUUUGUGGAUGAUCUCUAUGGCUAUCCAGAGGGUAAAGACAUCCUUCGAGAAACCAUCAAGUUUAUGUACACCGACUGGGCUGACAGGCACAACCCAGAGACGCGCCGGAAGACGCUAUUAGCCCUUUUCACUGAUCACCAGUGGGUGGCACCAGCUGUUGCCACAGCUGACCUGCACUCCAGUUUUGGGUCGCCAACCUACUUUUAUGCCUUCUACCACCACUGUCAAACAGAACAGGUACCGCCGUGGGCAGAUGCAGCACACGGAGAUGAGAUCCCAUAUGUGUUUGGGCUUCCCAUGAUCGGACCAACAGAGCUGUUUCCCUGCAACUUCUCCAAGAAUGAUGUGAUGCUCAGUGCUGUGGUCAUGACCUACUGGACAAACUUCGCGAAAACGGGGGACCCAAACCAGCCGGUCCCCCAGGACACCAAGUUCAUCCACACCAAGCCCAAUCGUUUUGAAGAAGUUGCAUGGACACGCUACAACCAGAAAGACCAGCUUUACCUACACAUUGGCCUGAAGCCCCGGGUCAAAGAGCACUACCGUGCAAACAAGGUCAACCUGUGGUUGGAGUUGGUUCCUCAUCUACACAGCCUCAAUGAGGUCACCCAACUCAUCCCCACCACCACCAAGAUCCCUCCACCAGAAGCUACCAACCGCACACCAAAGACCAAAGUUUUGGUGACCAAGCGCCCAAACCCGACUCCGUUCCCCACCGAGACCCAGGACAGCCAAAACCAACCACAUCAGGUGGACCAGCGCGACUACUCCACUGAGCUGUCAGUGACCAUCGCUGUGGGAGCCUCCCUGCUGUUCCUCAACAUUCUGGCCUUCGCCGCACUUUACUACAAAAAGGACAAGCGCCGGCAUGACGUCCACAGACGCUGCAGUCCCCAGAGAAGCGCCGCCAAUGACCUGGCCCACACUCAGGAGGAGGAGAUCAUGUCCCUGCAGAUGAAGCAGCACUCAGACCUGGACCGGGAUUGCAGGGGGGUGGGCGACUCUCUGCACCCGCACGAUGUGGUGCUGAGGACUGCCUGCCCACCGGACUACACUCUGGCCAUGAGGCGCUCGCCGGAUGACAUCCCACUCAUGACGCCAAACACCAUAACCAUGAUCCCCAGCACCAUGGGAGGGCUCACCUCACUCCACUCUUUCAACACCUUCCCCAGCAGUGGGCAGAAUAAUACCCUGCCUCACCCGCACCCACACUCACACUCCACCACCCGGGUAUAGCCCUGUGAAUGCACCCAUGCAGGCAGGACUCUGAUGGCUGAGGCAAAAAAGCUCACGCCGCUGCUGCAGCAGAGACUUAAGGCCAACUUGCUGACCAAUACAAAUAUGUCAGAAGCUGAAACGCCAGCCUGGAGUUGCCAGACACCCAUGGAAUUACACUGGGAUUGUGCGACACCUUGUUAAUACCUGCAGGAAUAUAUUCAAGGGUUUCUGAGGGUUUGGACCAGAGGAAAAAAGAAUAAUUAUGUUUUUGUACAAAAAUUAAAGACAAGAAGAAAAAAAAUGCAUAUAAAGAGUUGAAGAAAAACAACCUCACGAGCUAAAACAAGGAGGAGGAUGUUUUUAUUAUUAUUAUUAUUAUUAUUAUUUUGUUCUGAUAUUGCAGCAAAACAAGGUACAGUAAAAUACAUUUUCUUUCUAGCGACAGAUAUGGCCUUUGGGAUCUUUUGACAAAUGACUGCUUGACAGUAUUAUCUGGAAGCAGAACAGAGCAUCAGACACGCCUUGGAGGUGAGAAGAGGGGAGCACUUUGUAAAAGAAAGAAAAGAUAUUGUUUUCCUUUGGCAUCACACUGCAGAUUACUCUGUUUGUGGGGCACAAAGCAGAUGCCAUGCAAACCAAUUUAGGCAUGUUUUAACAUCAUAAAUGGAGGCUAUGUAAGAUAAGGCAAAAACAAUUGUUGCAAAGAGCAAAGGAAGGAUGGAAAACUUCAAGAAAAAGAAACCCUGUAUGCACAACAGAACCAUUUUGAGGAGAAAAAAAUCUUGCAAAUACUUUUCAUCCAUUUAUUUUUGAGGAUUGGGAACAAUUUUAUUGUAUAGAACCUAUUUACAUAUCUAGAUCUGUACACUAAGCACCAAGGCUGUUUAAGCCCUCUUCUCUUGGGAGGGGCGUCCAUACUGCAAACCUGCCAGCAGGACAGAACCAGUGGAGAUGGAGAUCCACCGACUGGCUUUCUGGCAGUUCCAACUUCAACACAGAGAGCUGGGGGACAAAGGAUAAUUGGAUAUUUUAGCACGAUGCGCAUGACAAUUUAUCUGCUUGAUGGCUGCUCUGCUGAUUAUGUCAUUAUUAAGAAUAAUUUUCACCCUCUCCCUUGCAUUGGAGAAAUUUCAGACAUACUUCCUGAUUGGAUUACAGGAAAACACACACCCUUGCAGGACCAUGGGAAAAUACAGUUCCAGGUUGUGGAUGUUUGGGGGCUGGAGUUGGGGGCAGAAAGGGGAGGGGGACGGCGAUAUGGUAAAACUUUCUUGCAUAGCAUAAUAUAGCUUGAGUGGAGCUGGGUAUAUAAGGACUAGUUUUGUACUCUGUGUGUUGGUACUACUUUUUGAUAGCGGUUAAAUCACAUUACACUGUAUCAAUCAAACUCAUUGUACCCUCAGUUGAGAUCAGUGUUCUUUGCUAUUCUACCUAUUGGACCACUAUACCAUAUAGAAGUAAUUACCUGCACUGUUUAUUCCAUUUGCCCAUUUUUUUUAAAUUUUCUUUUCACUGGGAGGUGUGUUGACUGUUUCAGAUAGUGGAGGGUGAAAAAUACAGUGGACGAAUGAAUCUCUGGGCUAUGAAGAUUUUCUUUUUUGUUUAUCCAACGUGGCUCUGUAGCCCUGUUUAAAACAUGAAUGCCUAUACAUGACAAAUACAAGUCAAAGCCAAGCACAGACAGAUCACACCGGAUGGAAACGCACAGUGGGUGGGUGAAAGGAAGCACGAGGAUCAGGUCAUUUCCCAUGGUACAGUUUGCAUCUAAUUUUUUUUCUUUAGCCAAUGUUUGCCCAUGCUAAGAGGUAUUAAUGUAUAUGAAGGAUGCAGAAAAGGCCUCUCAUUGAUGCUGAGACCCACAUUUCCCCUUAUUUACCUCAUUUUAAAGAGCUAAUACUUUUCUUUCUUUUUUCCCCCGAUGUGGAUUCUCUACUGUCUCAUUGCUUAAGCCGAGGUGACAGUUUGGGCUGUUUAGCAAAACGGCUCCUCUCACAUGCCCACCGUCUUCAGUUGACUGUCUCCUGCAAGGCUGUGUGCCAUCGCUAACAUCUUUAGGUCAGUGAAGCCUCAGCAGCUAACAAUGUUAGCCACUAGAGCAGAAAUGAGUCAUACAACAAAGCAGGCUGCAGUCGAAUCCUGUCGCUUAAGAGGCUGGAGUCACUGUGGGGGUAAAGUGGUGAUCUUCAAAACAGACACAGAGAGGAAUAUCACAGAUGGCAAGCCCAUUGUGCUCAGAUAUAGAAAUCUGUCUGCUACCGCCGAGAUGCUAUUUGGUAAGCUGAAACGCUUGUCUCCCUGUUUUCCUUUCACUGAAAUGUAGAUGUGUGCAGGCCUCUGUUGUGAGACUACAUCCUGCCCCUCUCCACACUCUGCAGUCAUUCAAAACGAGUGCAGACUGCUGUUACCCUGUACAAACAUUGCAGCAGACAAGCUGGAUGGUGAGGGGGAUAAACUCUUCUCUGUCAGAGGAAGUGUUGCUUUUUGGAAUAUGAUUUAAUUUGAGUAAACUAAUUAUAUCUGCUUGCUCCAGAUUGGUUCUCCGGAUGAAAUGAGCAGCCAGAGCUUGAUCUGGGAUUUAAACAAAGGAAAGAUUCCAAGGCUAUUAUCACACAUCAUCCUCACAGGCCAGGGACUUCUUUAAUACCUUUCUUUGAAACACAUGCCAACAACAUAAAAAAAGGGUGAAAUUUAGGAUCUGGGGAAAAUCUGUCCUGUAGGUCUGCUGGCUGUGUAUCAACAAAUCAUGAGCUUUGUAGCUUUAGCGCUAAGCUUCCCCAUUGCUGAUUGCAGACUCACAUGCAUUCAAACAUUGUCACAUACGACAAUGUGUUACGUAAUUAGGGUUUUUCAACAUUUUGGUAUCUGCACAAGAUAUUGUAUAUUGUCAAUAACCUGACCCCAAUAAUGGCUCCAACUCAGACUUAAAGACUAACAUGACAUCUGGGAUGCCUCUUGAGGAAAAGGACUAACAUGUAGUGAAUUACUUUAUCCCCUAAUGGAAAACCUCCAGGAUGCAAACGGCAAAAGAGGAAUGUUUCUUUUUUUCAGUGAACCCAACAAUUUGACUGUCAUCCUCCGAUCAGGAGCAUGACAUCAAAUAGAUGACCCCUGCCGAUGAGACAUCACCCUUUGCACACAUGCUGCUGUUCAAAUAAACAUACUUUGGCACCGAGUGGAAUGGGAAAAGCCAGGCCAGUAUGGUGCCAGUCACUUUCAUUCAUAAAUCUGUUUUAUGCAAACAUUUAUUGUUGCUGUAGGCUGUAAUUGGUGGAUCCUCCAUGUAAUUUACCACAGUCAAGUCAGAGCUACAACUCUACAGUCACCUCAACUGAUCAUCUUAAAAACAUUCAGAGGCAUUUCACAUUCAUUCAUGUUAGAUCCGCUAAAAAUCAUUCUGACGUAUCUGCACUUUUGGCACUACAAAACCCUUUGAGCUUUUGGAUUGCGAAAUUGCAGUAGAUUGAAUAAUUAAGUACAAUUUUUCAGGUCACGUCAAAUAAUUUUAUUUGAAUAACGAGUACAAUUGAGUCUGCACGACUAAAUUAGUAAAUUGCUACUCAAAACCAGUUCCUUCAUCUAUUCAAGGGAGCAUCUCAGAGAUUGGGAUAGUACAUAGUUAGCACCAAAUUCAAGCGCUGCUCUCUGGAGAAAUGACAAAAGGGGCAAAGCGAGGGCCACCCAUUGAAUAAAACAUAUAAUUGCACUGAUGGGUAAAUAGUCAAGCAAUUGCAGGGCCAUGCUAAGCGUCUGACAGCCGAGUAUGAAUCUUAAUUAAUAACUUGCCAUGCGCUCAGUUGUCUGAUUGACGAUAGGUGAGGAACACAAACCAACUGUAGCAUGAGGGAAGUGACAGAAGAUCUAGCAGCUGACACAUUUGAAAUUAUAAAUGGAAAUUAUUAGAAACUGUGGUGAAAUUAAUGCAUGGUGGCAGUUGCUAACAGGAAUUAGCCUGGGUGGUGACGACAGAAAAAAACAGCCCUAAUUUUGUCAUACAGAACAAGGCGUCCUGCUGGAUUGCUGGAGGAUGUAAGACUAGGCAUACUGACCGAAAAAAAAGUUGUUGGAGGGGAGGUGCUGCAAUGACUCAUGAAUCAGGGAUUAUAUAAGUGAGCAAGUGCAUUAAAUGGAUGUGAUUCUGUUUGGGGACAUCUUGAGUGGAGAAGAAUGGCUACAAAAGCAAGGUGAAAUGGCUACAUCUGUGAAUAAAAGCAACUUUUUGAAAAUAAAAGCAUUAGACGACCUUCGGCUGUACAGAUUGAGAAAGCCAGUGAUAAGUGACAACUUCAAAACUUACACAAGCAGGAAGGAGAAAUAAUAUAAAAAAAAAGUGAUGGGAGAUAAAUUCAAUCUUGAGCUAGCUGCACAAAUUGAGAGUCGGCUAAAGCAGACCUCAGCAUGACUGAUUGAAGAACUGGCCAAAUGCAACAAAUGCAUCCCUUAUGAUCAAAAUAAUGUGAAAAAGAUUUGAACACACAGGAGCAGAAGAAGAGAGGAACCACUGACCAACCACAGCUUUGGACCCAACACCUUUAAUGAGACUAAAACACAUGUUUGGCACUUCUGGUAGCUGACAAUGAUAGAUAGCCUGCUACUUGAUUAAUGGCAUAACAUGCAACCAGAGUCACAGUGCUCCACUUACAAAAUAUGUUCACUACAUCUGCUCAUUUGAUAGUCUUAACAUCCUAAGAAUUGCGCCAAUCAAUUUAUGCUCUGGCAACCACACUGGAUGACAUCUGCUUUCCAUAACAAGCUUAUUUCAUUCCUGAACUGGGUAAUUGACUAUUUCUUGGCCUGCAGACUGAUUUUUUUUCACCACUAGUGUCCAGUAAUUUUUAAUUGAUAAGUUAUUGCUUACAUGUUGGCUCAUCUACUAACUUUGUGUUUAGUCAGCUGAAUGUUAAAGGUGCCCUGUGAAAUCUCCAUUAUUUGGUUUAUUCAGUGUUUCUUGCCAAAUAUAAUCAGUAUGUCCAAACAGACAUGUCAAAUGCAUCUCCUACCUCAUAGAACACUUGCAGAGAUUUCAUUUUUGAAUGGUUUUAUUCAGCUUUCCGUCUGCUUUUUCUUUGCCACUACAGAUUGUUAGUUUUUGUUUCGGGCCUCCUCAAUCGUCAAUAUGCAUUGCUGCCUCCCAUGCUCUUUACAUCCAUGUACAUGUUGGUAGAGCAUGCAAUACCAACCCUUUAUUAUCAAAACAUUGCUCAACAGUACCUCUAGUGGUCAUAAACCCUGCAGGGUACCUUUAAUGUUGUUGCUGCUCACUUGUGAAAACAUCAGCUUACACGUAUGUCAAGCCAGACAUGUUUUCAAGUAAGGGCUAGGUCUUAACAGACUAGGGCUAACAACUGAGUGAAGUAUGACUGAAAGAGGAUUCAUUCAUUUUAUCCCAUCUACACUGCAAGUGCCAAGAUUCAAAAGGCUUUUAUUUGUCACACGCUCAUACAGUAUGUACAGUGAAAUAAAAAGUGACUUCUCAAGGCUGGGCUACUGCAGGGGCUUCUCCCUCUCUGUUCAUUCAGUGUGAAUUUUUACAUGAGAUAAGACAAAGGAAAAAAAGAAAAAAAAAUACAUGAAGUAAGAGCAGAUGAGAGGCAGUGUCAUUCCUAUUAACAAACAUGUCUUUGAUUUCAAAACAAUUCAUUCUUUUUUUUUUUAAAUUUUAGACAGGAGCAAUUAACACUAUAAUCCCAGAAUGUCAUUCAUAUAUUAUGCAGGAAGAUGUAUCCCAAAUGAGACAAAAGUGAUCACACUAAAUAUGUAUCUGCUGGUUUUGCUGGCCAAGUGAAACAAGAUCUUAAAUCUGUGACAGAUGUCAUCUGGAGCCUAUGCAUUUACUAUUUCUGUCAUAGAGUGAAAUGAAAAAUAGAGCUAACUGUUUUUAGGCUGCCAUAAGUUAUUGUUUACCAAGUAUUAAGUGUUUUGCAGGACUUGAUUCUCAGGAAACUGGGGUCCGCAUUUAUACCAUCACAACAUACUAAAACCCUCCACUGUAACCCAGCACGAUGGAUUCUUUUAACAGCGCUUUUUAAAUGCAGGGCAAGUCACACCUACCCAUUGAUAGAGGAAACAUUAGGCCUUUAAACUAAGAACUAAUAACUUCAAAACCUGACUGGAUGGUUAAAUGAGCAAAUAAAUAUGAAAAGAAGCUAAAAUUGAAUUGCCGCUUUUAAACUGUUUAUAUGCUGUGGCAGGUUUACAGGGAGCACAAGGAGUUGUUUUUGGUUUUUUUUUUGAGGGGAAAGGUAAACAUUUUGUUUAAGUUUGGUGUGCCAUAAAAACUUGGACACACUCUCUAUUUUGUCACCUUUUUAAAACAAAAUUCAGUUUCUGGUUCAAGAUUAAAUUCAUCUUUGUUAGACCGUGAAAAUUCUGUUAUUUCCUCAAGCCUUUGCGGUCACAUUGAGGACACUGAGUGGGUGCAGCAUGCAUGAGCAGCAGUGUGUUUCCAUGUGCGUUUGGUGAAACACUUUCCAAAAAAACAAAACAAAAAAAAAAAUAGGAUUCAUGGAGUAGUUGUAAACUUAAAAAAAAAAAAAAAAAAAAACAUGACCUGCAAAAAUCUGUCACUCCUUACUGAGUGCAUUUACAAGGGAAUUCAUAUGCUGAUAUUGUUUUUGCCAGUGACUGAGGCUUGUAAACAUCGUGUCCAUUAGGGUUUCUUUCUGCAAUGUGCCUAAUUUUCGUUUCUGUGUUGAGAUUUUCGAAUAUUCUCUUUAUUUUGUGUCAUAUGGUGUCUGGCUUGUCCUGAAUAAGACUUGAAUUUGGAUUUAUUUGCUUUUCGCUUACAAUAGCACUCAUUUAGAACAGCGUUCACAUCCAAACGGCAAAUGUACAACAGUCUGAGAAUGCCCCAGAGUUUAAUGACUCCAAUCUGGUGACACUCUCCUUUAAAAAUGUGCGUCCAUCCUUCAUAAAGGGGAAGCUCCGAACCAAUCCAGGUAGCAUUUCUUCAGUCAGUUUCUUUUAAAUCCCAACACCAGUAUGUUUUAAUGAACCAGUCUAGCAGGGUGAGUAUAAAUCCACACGGUUCGGGACUGAAUACGCUUAAAAAAACCCUGUUCUAGGGGGAUGCUUCACUUUUGUUCCUGUGUAAAUCUACCCUGACCGUGGUCAACAGUCAGCCUGUGUUGUAGUGUUUGGGGGGGCGGGGAGGGGGGGGAAGAGAGAGAGAGAUGAACGAGCACUGCGAAUGAAUGUAAUGCAACGUGCCAUUUUCUGACCUCAAAUCGCAGCAGAAACAACAACUAUCAAACCUCAGAUUCAUCCUGAGAGGUUUUUGCUGGCAGUCUGCAAACUAAAGGUGGACUUGUUCAUUGAAUGCCAUGUGAAACGGGGGGAACUAUGUGAGCAGGUCUGGCAUUUGUAUUGUAGAUUAUUUGUCACUUGUCUUUCUUUCUGGUUAAAUAGUAAUUACUCUUCUGGAGCACAAUAAAUGAUUUUAAUAUGCUGA